CAGUGAACAACCUUCUAUCUGUGAGUACUAGUAACCCAAGUGUUAUCAUCGUAGUUUAAUUGUUGUUUCUUUAAGAUGAGUAGAUUUUCGAAAAUAGGAACACUUCCACCAAUCGAAGUAUUUGCUCUUAAUAAAGCAUAUUUAGAUGAUCCACACCUCGAUAAAGUUAAUCUAGGAAUAGGAGCUUACAGGACCGAUGAUGGAAAACCUUGGGUUCUGCCCGUUGUUAGAAAAAUUGAACAGUUGAUGGCUAAUGAUGAAGGCUUAAAUCAUGAAUACUUGCCUAUGUUGGGUUUAGAUUCAUUUUGUCUUGCUGCUACGAAGAUGGUUUUACGUCAUGACAACCCUCUUGUUUUGAGUGGAUUGGCAUUUGGAGUUCAGUGUUUGUCAGGUACUGGUGCGUUGAGAGUAGCUGCUGAAUUUUUGUGUAGACAGCUUGGAUACACUUCUGUAUAUUCUUCAGAACCAUCAUGGGAAAAUCAUCAUCUUAUAUUCAAAAUGUCAGGUUUCCCAAAUACAAGAACAUAUAGAUAUUGGGAUAAAGUAAAUAGAUGUUUAGACUUUGAUGGUAUGCUUGAGGAUUUAAAUAAUGCCCCAGAAAAUAGUGUCAUUAUUCUUCAUGGAUGUGCUCAUAAUCCAACGGGUGUGGACCCCACUGAAGAGCAAUGGAAAAAAAUAGCUGAUGUCAUUAAGAAAAAAUCGUUGUUCCCUCUCUUUGAUGUUGCCUACCAAGGAUUUGCAUCUGGUGAUCCAGAUAAAGAUGCCUGGGCUGUAAGAUACUUUGCAUCAGCUGGAUUCGAACUACUCGUUGCUCAAUCAUUUGCAAAAAACUUUGGAUUAUACAACGAAAGAGCAGGAAAUCUCGUCUUUGUUGUGAACUCUCAAGAAUGUAUAGCACCUAUUAAAUCUCAAGUAUCCAUCAUAAUCCGAGCAAUGUACUCUAACCCUCCCAACCAUGGAGCUAGGAUAGUUGCUAGUAUACUCAAUAAUGCUGAUCUUACUGAGGAGUGGAAACAAUGUCUGAAAACUAUGGCUGAUAGGGUGAGAGAUAUGAGGAUUCUUCUUCGGAAUAAGCUGGAAAGUUUAGGUACUCCUGGUAACUGGCAGCAUAUAACUAGUCAAAUUGGAAUGUUUUCCUAUACCGGGCUGUCACCUUCUCAAGUGGAAAAAUUGAUCCUGAAAUAUCACAUAUACCUUUUGAAAUCAGGACGGAUAAAUAUGUGUGGCCUUAACAGUAGAAAUAUAGACUAUGUUGCUAAAGCAAUCAGUGAGGUUGUUUUAGAUGAUCUAGAUACCAAUGAAAUAGAUGUAAAAAGUGCCAAACUAUAAAUAUCAAUUCAAAGUUUUAUGACUGGAGCUAGUGCCUUUCUGUUAAUGUAUAAAAUAAUAGCCAUCAAUUACUGAAAAAUAUUGGGUUUUUCAUCUCUUGUAAGUUUAAAUUUGUUGCUAAAUGUAAAUGCCUUGCAUUGGGUAACUGAUGCCUAAUGCUCAAUUACUAUAUCAAGUAAUUUCCUAAGGAUACUUAAGGAUAAACUACUGUUUUAAUUGCAAAUGUAGCAGAUAUAUAUAUAUAUUUCCAAUACUAUGAUCUAAAGAAGAAAAAUAAAUAAAAAGAGUUCUAUUGUUUUUUUUUUAAGGAUGGGAAGAAUUUAUUUAUUUAUUAAUUAUCGAGGGAAAGUAAUAUAAGAUGAACUAAGUACAGUAGGGUAUCAAUUAUUUAAACGAAGAAGGUUACAGUUCAAAUGAUUGAUGAAGUCAUUAUAUAUCAGCUUAAUUGUAUCUAGACUUCAAAAAAUUAUAAAGAUAGUAUAAUUACUUACGAUAAUAUAUAUCUGCUAUACAAAGUUAUUUUUUUAUAUAAAUUAAAUUGUUGAAUUUAUCUAAAUAUUUAUUUUAUUGUGAAUAUAAAAAAAAAUCAGUUAUUUUUAAUUUAUUUAUUUUACUAUUAAAGAAGCUAAUUUACAUUACACAUAUAGUCCAUUGAAAUCGAAGGUAAGCCCAAUUUUCAACAUUUACCCUAAUAUUUUUCAUAUUUUUAUCCAAAAAACACCUAUCAUUUAUUUAUUUUCACACUCUAAGAAUUAGAAACAAUACUUUCCUUAUCUAAUAUAGGUCGGAAAGUAAAAUCAAACAGCACUUUCAUUGGAUCAUUUCACCGGUGUUUGAUCAGGCAAUAAAGUACUAAUAUGAUUUGUAAACAUUUAAGAUACCAUGCAGGCUUCAUUAAUCUAACGUGAUUAACAAUUGGGAUGGUUAUUCCAUUAUUUUAAAAGUCGAAUGAAUAAUAAAAUAAAUUUGAAAUAUACCAAAUGCAAAUAGAAACUAUUAAGAUUCUAAUAAUUUAUCUUAUCUGUUAAAAAAACCUGUCAACUUCACAUUAAUAUUUUGUUAUCGUUUGUUAAAAGUCCAAAUUGGAUAAAAGACUGAUUUGUAUAUUAAUUAAAUAAGUGAGAACUGGAUUGCUAGAUAACGAAAAUAUGUAUUUCAUGUUCUCAAUUGUUAAUGAAGGAGAUGUACUAUUAGGUCAUUUAUUUUUGAUUUUUUUUUUUUUUAAAUAGGACUCAUUCGAGCUCAAAAUUUUGAGAAUAUUUUUACUAAGGAAAACUUGUUUUGAAUUAAUAGAAUGAUGAUCAGCCAAAACUCUAUUUAUUAAUUUGUGAUUUAAUGGAAGAGGGGAUAUAAUAUCCAUGAGCAUUGCAAUUUUUUAUUGCUUAUAUUCACUAUAUUAAAAAAAAAAAUUUGUUCUAUAAACACAAACCAUUAUGUAAUAACAACUGAAGAUCUGAACAAAAAUAUUGAUUUAUGGAAGUUAAAUUAUAGAGAUUGAUUGGUUCAACUGCAGAUAAAAGUGACUUAUCAAGUUUUGGUAAAUUCAAAGCUGCUGUGUUAAUCUAGUCCAAUGCAAGUAAAUAAUAUUAAUAUUUUUUUAAACAUUUCUUUUGAGAACUAAAUGUUUCAUCAUCAAAAAUUAUUGAAGGUGUUAAUAAGAAUAUAAAUCUCUUUUAUCAAUAGAAGAAAUGUGUUGUCAGCGAUGCUAUGAUUGACUAUCGCAUUACAAGGAAGUUCAGAAUAUUACUAAUUAAAAUAAAGAAAUCAAUACCUUUUUGUGUUUAGAUAAAUGUUUGUGAUUGUAUCGACAUUAAUAUGAGAUAAAUUGUUAGUAUUAAGUGUUAAUUUGUAUAUUUUCAAAAAAUCGAGAGAUUGCCACAUCAUCUUAAAAUUUAUCUUUAAAUAUAUAUUAGUUAAAAUAUUUUGAGAUCAUUGAAAAAUUAUUAUUCUGGCUAUAUUGAAUAAUUAAUUAUUAAAUUGUUAAGACAUAUCUUGCCUUCAUUGUUUCAUAGUUGUUAUAUAAUUCCUAAUAAAUGUAGUAAUGUGCUGUGCUUUUAUGCUGUCAAUUGUCAGUGGUGAUAAUAUAUAUAUAUAUACAUAUAUUAAUAAAUAUUUGAAAAACAAUUUCUCAAGCAGAUUAAUUUUAUAUUUAAAAUAUAAUAUUAAGUAUUGAGAUUUCCAUAUUAACCUCAUAAUUAAAAUAUCUUAAAUUUGUCUUAAUUAUCCCAGCAAAAUUGUAAUUUCGUAAUCCUCUGUAAGUUCCAUAUUUAGUCAUAUAAUUUUUAAACAACCGUUGCCAUAAUUUUUAUUGUGAAGAUCAAACAUUAUUAUAAAUACAAUACUCAUAUUUUUUGUUGAAUGUGUUAUUCUAUCAGUGAAAAAUAUAUAUGUUACAUGUUAGUCAUUGUUUUUUAGAUGCUCCCUCAACUUCCUUUUCAAUUACAAUGUUUAAUGUUUUUUUCUUCCUUCCUAUCUAUUUUUGUUAUACUAAUUGGUGUACAGGUUAUCUACCACCCUAUUCUAGCGUGAUUUGGAAGAUUAAGAUGCAUUCUGCAGGUUCGCCAUCAAAAGAAUGGUGGCAAAAACCCAAUAUCAACUUUGCUUCUCUCUAAAAAAAAUAUGUUCACACAUAUUGCUGUCAGGUGGUUUAAAUCGUUCCCAUAUUGUAGCUAUUCACAAUAUAUAUUUUUUCAGAACCGGCCUUGUAUCUGGAGUAAAGAUUUUUAGGAGAAACAAAAGUUGAUAUACGUUUUUCGCUCAUCAAAUAUGAUUUUUUAUAGUGAUUGAAAAAUUAAAAAUGCACAAAAUUAUUGUCAGACCCUUUGAAAUUUUGACGACUAUAAAAAUGAUUUACAACUUUCUUCAAGUAUUUGUAGAGCGAAAGGCUGAAGAGUUAAGAAGACAAAAAAUGUAGACUAAAAUCAAAUUCAUGGAAAAUGUACAUUUAAGAGUCAAUUUUUAAAGAACUCCAACAAAUAGGAAAACAAGAACAGGAACAUUUUGAAAAGUAAUUUUAUUAUCAGCUUUAAUUUUAAAUAGAACAAGUUUUUUUUUUUUUUAUGCAGCACUAUUUUUGAGAUAUAAGUGGAAAACUGAGAAAUGAGCAGUGCCCCCUCUCCUUUCACCAGGGGUAGAGACAGGGACUUUGUGCAUUUAACUCCUAAAGUCAAAUUCUCCCUCUCUGUGUACUCUACUCUCUUUUGUGUCGUUCGUAGACGGAUAUAAUUCCAGUCAAGUAAUCUAAAAUUAGUAAUCAUUUACUUUUCUUAUUCUUCUCACUUACCUUUCACCCUUCACUCUCUUCCAUAUCCAUACCAUUAUUGUGUUUAUAUUAUUACAUUUACUCAUAGUAUUUUAUUCUCUUGAUUUAUAAAACUUGAUUUUUCAAUUCUUUUCUAUGUAUAUGUUUUGUUAGAUUUCACUACAUCUUAUCUUUUCUAUUUAUUUUUAUUAUUUUCUUUAUAUAUCUUUAUAUUUCUUAAUAUUUCUUUUCUUUGUUUUUAAUUAUUGUUCUAUGUUUAUCUCACUUCCUCUUAAAACAUUAAGACAUCAACUUAUAACAACCAUUUCAGCUAAUUCAUUUCAAUUUAACCACUUACAAUUUGUUUCUCUUAAUAUUCCAUUUCUUUGUUAUUUCAUUUUUCAUUACUUUGUUAAUUUCAAUAAAUUGUUACCCAUAUUUUAUCUUAAUAUCUUAAAUUGUUACCCAUAGUUUCUCUUAAUAUUCCAUUUCUUUGUAAUUUAAUUUUUCAUUACUUAGUUAAUUUCAAUAAAUUCUUACCCAUAUUUUAUCUUAAUGUCUUAAAUUGUUACCCAUAGUUUCUCUUAAUAUUCCAU